GAUCAUUCAUAAACAUUUUCAUAGUCAAAUUAUCAUCACACUGCUCAUUUGUGUGCACGAUAUAGAGAUACUGCACUCAUGCACCGAAACUCAGUUAUUUUAGAACCUAAUUAAUAAAAUUACAUGAUAGAUGUAAUGUAGCUAUAUGCAAUGGUUAUGUGUUGAUUUUGGGAAUCAAACCAAAAUUGUAACAAACACACGUUUCAUGAUAGAAUUCAAAUAUAGACGCAAAAUAGUCCAAUACUGGGCAUUUGCUGACGCAUGCAAAAUAAGGGCUCUUUAUUUAAUUAAUGCAAUUGCGCCUGUCACAAGUAAUUAAUGGCAGCUCCCACCAUUCACAAUGGAAAUGAGACGGAAAUAAUCCACAACAUCAGGAACAUUUUGUAUGUGUAUUUAAUAUAUUAUUUUGUGUUCUUUGUUCAUUUAUGUACAAUAUAUGUCGCUAUAAUGGCUACAGAUUAAGCACUACAGGAAUUUAGUUAUUCAUAUAAGUUUAGUUUUGCUUGUAUCAAACCUUACUGAUUUUUGUGAUUCGUCAUUCAUUGAGUCACAUAAAAAUAUAAACUAGUACUGUAUGUCUGUAUCAAUGUUUAAAUUGAAGUUACAUAACUCACAGGCAACACCACAACUCCAUCAACAAAGUUUACUCAUUAAUGCAACCUCAUAAUGGUUCAGUUGAGAGAACUUUGGAUGUGUUUAUGGUUUAGUGUGUGUGUGUGUGUGUGUGUGUGUGUGUGGGGCGCCCAGAGAGAGGAGAAUGUUCUUAAAUCACUGAUGGUGGCUGACCAGGGCCGGCUGGCCUGUGCCGGGCCUGUUAAUCGACCAUUAAAGCGGCCCGCCAUAAACCACUAGCCACUGACUUCGGCAAACUCAGUCGUGACAUGGCGGGUGCACACUCUUGUCCAUAAAUAAACGUAUGGCGCAGCAAACGCAUGCUAACAUUACAUCACAUGGCAUUCCACUCUCAAUGACAUUACACAACGGCUCUUCACUAUAGGAGGGAAGUCAAUGCACAUAUUCAUGUUUGUCAAUGAUAAAAGGUCUACACUAUGGUGCUUUUGACAUUAUGAUUUUUGCCUUUAAACAGCAACACAAUGGAUUUGACAUAGGCGAGGGGUGUCCAAACUCCUGGGGGUUGCCUUCUCAGUCCACCCAUGAAUGGCACAAAACUAUUAGUAAUUGAUCCACCCAUAAAAAUGUCUCUUUUUGACAGUCUAAUCAAGCCUGUAUGUUGUCUAUGGCGCUACUGUAAAUAACAUCGAUGUGCUUUGAUGAAGUGCUGUCUAUUUGCAAUGAAUUAGCUUGACAUUUGCAAGCACAGUCAACAAACCAGCAGGAGGUCAUCUCAAGCCUCCUUCACUCACGGUGCAACCAAGAAUAGGAUAGGAUAUUGUUUAUUGUCAUAUACACAGUAAGGAAACAAGUUUCCCCAUACAAUAAAAGUCUUCAAGUAAAACAAAAGGUAAAAGAAACUAGCUUAAUAUAUAUAAAUGCAUAAAAAUAAAAUGAACAAUGCAGGAACAUACAGCGAUUUAUUUUAAAAUACAUCUUUCAAUGAACAAUGUGUUUCUUUCGGUCUCCAUGUUUCCGUCUUUUCAGCGGGUGUUGUAGCUCCGCCUACCCCUUCGUUUCAAGUCUGGUCAGAGACCACAGCCCCUAUCAAGGGGUAUGUAACCCUUAGAACUUACCCCUUACCCCUCGGUUUAAGGAGAAUUGGGACACCACUUGAUUCUCGUGAACGUGCAAAACCUAGGGGUAAGGGGUAAGACACGGGGUAAGGGGUAGAAUUGGGAUUCGGCCUUAUUUUUGGUUGCACCCAGGGGCGCUGAUUGUUACUAGGCAAGGCAGGCAACUGCUUAGGGCCCCAGCCCAGUUGGGGGCCCCCGAGGGCUGACAAACUUUGAACGUCUGCAGCAGUGGCGCUAUGCAAAGGGGCCCCCUGUGAAUUUUUGCCUACAGAACGCCAACAGACUCUGGAAUCGCCUCUGGUUGCAUCGAGAGUGAGGUAGGCAUUUGGGUUGAUAAGUUCCUGUUGGUGUGUGAUGUGUGAGUAAGAGUGUAAACAUCAAGCUGAUUCACUGCGUAUAACGAACACCUCCUCAAGCAAGUUAAAGUUUGCCUCUGACUCCCAACAAAUGGAAAACUAACAUGAUGAUCAAAAAUCCUAAUUUGCGGGCUUGCGAAUGCUGAAUUGCGAAUACGCUGGGAUCGAUUGUAAUGUAGCCAUGGCAUAAAAUGAUUGGGCCAGAGAGUUUCUUUAGAGACCUUUCUGUUUACAGUUCCUUGCAGUGAAAAAGUUCAGCAGGUUGGCUAUAAGAGGCUUGGUGUGAACAGACACACAUGGUGUCAUGGAGGUAGUUGUAACCCAAGUGGUGUAGACUGCCCCACAGAACCAACCAGAGACUUCCCGGUUGCCGUCAUAUGCUUGUGAAUGUGACCGCCUUCACCUCCUCCUCCAGUUAAGUGUUACUGUGCACUGGCACGCACACGUGCUGUAAAACAUCCCCUAUCUGGGCUGAAAACAGAGCUCUGAUUCACAUCCACAUGGGGGGAAUGGCUCACAAAACACAACAUGACAUCAUCACAACUUCCUGUUUGGGCUUGUCGCCGCAGCUACACUCAUUUGCAUACUCCGCUUCAUUGGUGGGUGAUGAAGUCAGUCGGGCUGGGUCCCAUUUCACACUCACACCACAACAAAAUCCUACUCCGCCUCUAGUCUGCUCCGGCCUGGCUGGAGCGCAGGAAAGGCUGACCAAACACGGCAGACAUGUUACUUGGCUCAGUGGACAUGUGAAUGAGAGCAUUCCAUUUUGGCUCUUUACGGGUUUUAAAUGGUCGUAUGUUCAACCAGUGACUUUAAGGCUUUGAAAUUAUGUUUUAAAAGAGUUGUUCGGUGUGCAAGAACUAUAUGGGAUGGCAACACACUGGAUUCUAACCCGGAGACACCCGAGGAUAUGAUUCAUAAAACCGAGCUGCUUAUUUUGUUUUGAAUGAACUCCAAAUGCGAUGUUGACAUCCGGCAACUACAGGAAGCUUGCGUAUGACAUGAAUGACAAACAGGACAGGCCUUAUGUGUGCGAGGCCCCUGGCUGCUCUCAGCGCUUCCAGUUUGAGGAGCACCUACUCAUCCACAGACACAAACAUGAGAUGACCCUCAGGUUCCCCGCCAUCAAGACGGACACCACGUUUAGCGACCAGACGCCGACACCCACCCGAUUUUUGCAGAACUGUGACGAAGUCGGCCUGUUCAAGGAGAUUGAGGAAGAGUUUCUGCAGGCGCAGGAAGAGGAGAAGAGCAAACAGACGGCGUCGCAUAAUGGGCCUUCUUGUAUGAAUCAGCACCAGCUCAAACCCCAGCUGCUUCACCAGCCGCCACCGCCGCCGCAUCAUCACCACACUCAUUCCCUGCAGCACCCCCAGUCCCAUAGCCCCUUGAUGGGCCCGAGCUGCAGCCUGGCUGCCCAGCAAGCCAUAUCCUCCUCACAGUCUGGGUCAGUCAGCACCCAGGCACCAUCUACGCUCUCACACUCAGGGCCUGUUCCUGGCCCCCCGUCCUCCUCCUCCCUCCUCCACAUGCGCAACAGACACCGUCAACCGCUGCCAGCCUCCCUACCGGGCACCCUGCCCGACCCCGCCAUGCAAGGGGCAUCUGCUCAGCACAUGUCUAUGGAGAAGCAGAUGUCUUGUAUAAUGGGUAUACCAGGCCCCAUAAACAACCCGUCCUGUUCUUCACCUCAGAGGUCCAAGCAGAUGAUGGGCCAUCAUUACCAACACCAUCACCAUCAAGUCAUGGUCAACCCGACAAGCUCCAUGAUGGAGAUGAUGUCACAUCGUCACCAGGCUCCUCCACUACAACACCACCAUCACCCCCAUCAUCAUCAUCACCAGCUUACUGCUCCACCCCUCAGCUACCAGCAGCGAUGCCAUCCCCCCCAUCCACAGCACCUUGGCAGCCCCCACAGCCACCAGCCUCAUCCGGCUCACCAAUCACCUCCCGCCCACCUCCCCCAAGGGUCACCGCCUGCGCCUCCCUUGUCGGUGCCCGCACAGGUACGACACCUCGUCAUCACCAUCCAGCUUGUUGAAGUCCUUCAUUUUAAAGAAGUUACGCGUUCACAGGUGUCGCCCCUUGCACAGCAGAUGCACUCCUGUCAGUCGCCACACUCCCAGCAUGCGCCGCAGCCGGGCGGAAGCUGCAGCCGUCGCAGGAGGACAUCGGAGCAGGACCCCGACGAGCGCAGGCAGAAGUUUCUGGAACGCAACCGGGCGGCUGCCACGCGCUGCAGGCAGAAGAGGAAAUUGUGGGUGUCGUCGCUGGAGAAGAAAGCCGAGGAGCUGACGCACACCAACCUCCAGCUGCAGAACGAGGUAACGUCGUUGAGGUCGGAGGUGGGUCAGCUGAAGCAGAUUCUGCUCACCCACAAGGACUGUCCUGUCACAGCCAGACAGAGAGAAGCACAGGGGUACAAUAAUGCAGGGGUGAGCUCGAGAGGAAGUCCCACCCCUGUAGAUUCUAGGUGUCACCUGCAGGCCAUCCAACACAACAGCAUCACCACGUCCUCGGUGGGAGCCAACAAACGGCCUGGACGCUAGAGACUGGACUUUUUCAGUGUUAGCAUUAUUUUCACUGGUUUAAUUUUUCUAUAAAAGCUUUGCUAAAACGCCUGCUGUCCUCUGACUAUGCACACUCAUCUUAUGCUCCUCUAUCUUGCACUCAUUUUGAAACAAAUACUAUAAGCUGAUAUUUUUAACAGAGCGUAUGCAAGUGUGCACAUUUUGCCUUCUCUUCCAAUGCAGGGGCAUUUUAUAAAAUAAUAUGACUGUAUAUUUUUCUAUAUUUUAUAUAAGUGUCGUUGAAGCAUAAUUUUAAAAUCAAUAUGAUGCAAUAUUUCCUUUCAGGCACCUUUUUUUUAAAAAACAAACUGAAGCUCCUGGCACCUCCUGAUCCAGUAUAAUUAAAUUUGCACUUUUUGUACUGUAAACAUGGUGACAAUCUGUACGUCUAAUCUAUAAUAAUA